AGGUGAGAGAAAAAGGCAAAAGCUUCCAUUUCCUUCCUUUUUAAUGCUCUUCUUCCGGGAGAGAAAGAACACUAACAUCUCUCCUUCUCAAAGUUGAAGGCAACCAUGGAGUUCCAAAAGAGCAAUAUAGACCAUGUGGUAGUAAGCAUAGACCAACCAAGCCCCAAACUCAACCAGUCACCCCAAGCAGACUCAAUCCCACAAUCACCACAGUCAAUAGCCAAACCGCUUAGACGCCUCAACUUUUCCAAACCCCGGUCACGGUUCGAGGAGAAUAAGCAUCCUGUGACACCAAGAACCAUUCUCCAAUCCGAAGAACACGAGCCCUUAAACACUAACGAAGACAACUACUCGUCCUCAUCAGAUGAUGAAGAAUGGUUCGAAAAUGAAGAAGACGACCAAGAAGAAGAGGGAAACAAACGCAAGCAAGGGAACAAAAGGAAGAGAAAGAUGAACAAGAGAGCUCUGAUAGAGUGGACUUUGUUUCUCAUAAUAAUGACUUGCUUGGUAUGUUCCCUGACUGUAGAUUCCCUUAAACACGAAAUGAAAUGGGGUUUGCAGGUAUGGAAAUGGUGCCUAAUGGUCUUGGUUAUGUUUUGUGGGCGCUUAGUCUCGGGUUGGGUUGUGGGGUUCAUUGUCUUUCUUAUAGAGAGAAACUUCAUGCUUAGAGAAAAAGUACUCUACUUUGUGUUUGGUCUGCGCAAGAGUUUCCAAAAUUGUGCUUGGCUAGCCCUAGUUUUAGUGGCUUGGGUGAUCAUGUUCCCUCAUGUCGACAAACAAAGCAAGGUUCUAAAAAAAGUGUUUCGAGCCCUCAUCGCCGUGCUGAUCGGCGCCACGAUUUGGUUGCUAAAGAUCGUUUUUGUCAAGGUGUUGGCCUCUUCAUUUCACGUAGCUACAUUCUUUGACCGUAUGAAAGAGAGUGUAUUCCACCACUUCAUUUUGGAUGCCCUGUCCGGGCCGCCAAUGGAUCUGGAGGAGAGGGACCACCUUUCGCAGCGUCGUUUGCAGGCUUCCAAGACAUUGCCGGCGAGGUUGAGGAGGGAUAAGUCUAGCCAGUUGACCAAGUCGAGGUCUUGUAAGCAAGAUGGGUCGAGGACGAUUGACAUGGAGAAGCUCAAGAAGUUGAGCAUGCCGGGUAGGGCAACGGCGUGGAGUGUGAAGAGGCUGGUGAGCUAUGUCAGGUCUUCAGGUUUGUCGACAAUGGUUUCAAGUACGAUGGAUGAUUUCGGCAAUACGGAAUCGGAGAUUACGAGUGAAUGGGAGGCGAGGAACAGUGCUCAAAGAAUAUUCAAGAAUGUUGCCAAGCCUGGUGCCAAAUACAUAGAAGAGGAAGAUUUACUACGGUUCUUGAAGACCGAUGAAAUUCACACCAUAUUCCCUCUCUUUGAAGGAGCAACUGAAACUGGUAGAAUAACAAAGGCUUCCUUCAGAAAUUGGGUGGUACAUGCCUACAUUGAGCGCAGAGCAUUGGCUCAUUCUUUGAAUGAUACCAAGACCGCUGUCCAACAACUUCACAAGCUGGCGAGUGCAGUUGUGAUUGUGAUUAUAACUGUGGUGAGCCUUUUGGUCAUGGGUUUGGCCACAACUAAGGUUAUCUUUGUGGUCACUUCUCAGUUGCUGCUCGUAGGCUUCAUGUUUCAAAACAUGUGCAAAACUAUGUUUGAGUCCAUCAUUUUUGUGUUUGUGAUGCACCCGUUCGAUGUCGGUGAUCGUUGCGUCGUCGAUGGCGUACAGAUGAUUGUGGAAGAGAUGAACAUAUUGACAACAGUUUUCUUAAGGUAUGAUAAUGAGAAAAUAUAUUACCCGAAUUCUGUGCUUCUUACAAAGCCUAUUAGCAAUUUCAGAAGAAGUCCAGACAUGGGUGACAGUGUUGAUUUCACCAUUGAUGUCUCUACUCCAGUUGACGAUGUUACUGCACUCAAGAAGGCUAUACAAUCAUAUAUUGAGAGCAAACCAAAGCAUUGGAACCCGAAACACUCGGUGAUAGUGAAGGACAUUGUAAAUGUGGACAAGAUGAAAAUGUUGCUAUGUGUUCAACAUACGAUGAACCAUCAAAACUAUGGGGAAAAGAGUGUUCGAAGAUCAGAGCUGGUGUUUGAAUUGAAGAGGAUAUUCCAAAACCUUGGCAUUAAGUACCAUCUUCUUCCUCAAGAAGUAAAUAUUCCACAAUUCAACAAAAGCACCGGGCUAAUUAAUCGCGAUUAAUUAAUUAGCAAUAAUACUUUUGUAGGGAUUGGUUUGAUAUAUUUUUCCAUAAUCGCUCAUCUUUCUUUUUCUUUUUUUCUUUUUUUUUCCUUCCAGUCAUGUAAAGUUAAUCCUUACUAAAGUAUGAACAAAGGAAACUAUUUUGGAUGUAGAGGCGCCUUAGAUGUCUCAAAU